AUGGGUGUAAACGAUAGUGAUAGUGAAGAGCUUACAUCAUCGACGUCGAAGAUGAAUCUCACGAUGCUGCAGACGAUUUUUGUGAAAACUGAACCGGAUUUGGUUAUUGAUUCUUAUGAAGAAGCCAAAGGCUCCGGCAGAGGGGACAACUACACGGCCGCCCUGUUCCGAUUGUCUCUCAAAGGUCACACCCGUGCCAACGACGGCAAAAAGAAACUUCGCUGGGAGCGCACCGUGAUCUGCAAACGGUUGCCUGAUUGUAAAAUAAAACGGGAAGCCUUCAAAAGCGAAGCUCUCUUCCGCAAUGAAGUUGAAUUCUACAACACCAUCAUGCCGGAGUUUGUGACGUUCCAAAAACGCAAAUGUAACAAUACUACCACUGGUGGUCAAAUCUUUCGAGCAGUGCCACAGUGCUAUCUGGCCCAGGAUGAUCUGAUAAUGUUGGAAGAUUUGCAGGUUCGUGGCUUCAGUAUGCCCGAUCGCCAGGCUGGACUCGGAAUGGAACAAAUGAGAGCAACUCUGACGGAACUGUCCAAGUUUCAUGCGGUUAGUCUUGCCUAUAGGAAGCAGCAUCCCAGUGAGUUUUCGAAACUGAAGGCUAAGGUUUAUGAGGGUGUUUUCUCGCGGGCCAAUGCCGAGUGGUACAAAAACUAUUACGAUAUCCUUACGAGGAAUGCCAUCGAAAUGGUGACGCAAGCGAUUCCGGAGAAAGUGGAGUACUUGGAUAAGUUGGAGGGAUUUUUGAGUGAUUGCUUCGGUAAUAUGGUGGAGUUGGUGAACGAGGAGAGCAAGCUUUCGGUGAUUUGUCAUGGCGAUUGUUGGACUAAUAACAUUCUGUACAAAUAUGAUGAUAAGGGCUGUAUUAGUGAGACGUGCUUUGUCGACUUUCAACUGAUUCGCUAUGGUUCGUUGGCUCUGGACCUGGCCUAUUUGAUUUACUGUUGUACGGAUGCAUCCUUACGCAAAGAGAAUCUUCAAAAUUGGCUUCGAAUCUAUCAACAGCAGUUGGUGAAAUCGUUGAAGUUACUGGGAUCUUUUCAUGACAUCUGCACAGAUGAAGCUGAUCUGUGGCUUCAGAUCAAUGGUGAGUUCAAACGUUACGCACGCUUUGGACUGGGAACGGCCAUGGACAUGCUUCCAAUCAGUACCUGCUCGUCGGAGGAAGCACCGGAUCUGUACGCAAGUGGUUCGGACUCGGCUGCCACGCCGCCAGAGUUGAACGUUCCGCCGAAUGAGCUAUGUAGGAAAAAAAUGACUGACAUUGUACUGGAACUGGUUGACGGUGGUAUGCUCUGA